UAAAGGCGGGGCGAUUUCGCCCUCUUUCCCCCAUCCCCAGCCUCCCGAGCUCGACGUUCCGUCCCCCGGAGCCUCCUCCCUUGUCCCGUCCUUCUCAUCUAUCCUCUGAGCCUACGCUAUGCCUCGAGCAGCGAAGGCCCGCAUCACCCCACCGAGGGCCACUGGCCCUCACGCGUACAAGACCAACACCCGUGGCGCAGCCAAGGCCAAGCCCCUCGUUGACGAGACAAACUUAGGGCACCCAUGCCCAUUCCCCGAUUGCGAGGGCAAGUCCUCACGUCACGCAGACAUUGGCCGGCAUUUCCUCUCGCAUGCAUCAUCUUUUCAGUAUGAGUGUCCCUGGCCCGGUUGUGGCAAAACGAUCGCCCAAUGGGAAAACACGGUUGUUCACAUAGAGACUCACUCUAAGUCCAAACGCCACCAGUGCCAGCAGUGUUGGCGUAGGUUAGCCGCCUCUGGCACUCGUUGUGGCACUCACGAAGGUGCUACCGCGGGUCCCCGCAACCAGAAAUCCUCGCUGAAAGGCCAGGACAACCUCAACGUCCCGCCACCUAUCUUCACUAGUCUCGAUGUCGGCCAUGAGGAGGAGAAGCCCCAAUUCGCCGACUACAACAGCCAGAGCGGAUUUUGGAACGCCCCCGAGGCUCCAGCCACGUAUACUUCCUCCUACUUCGAGGACUACCCUGUCGCGGGACCAAGCAACUGGGCAGCGCCUCAGGCCUUCAUAUAUCCGCCCUUGGAGGCAGGUGUCGAUUGGUCCAACACCUUUGACCUCGAUGAGGCCCGUGCACCGACGCCACCUCCCGAAGCGCAACACGCUCCUGUCCCCGCCUUCGCGUACCCACCCACCUUCGCGGAUGUUGCACCACCGCCGCUACAGGACGAAUACGUCUACGUAACAGAGGCACACGGCCACCUCUAUGAGCCGACACUACAUGAUUUCCUGGACGUCACACGCAAUCUAGCCAUCCGCGCGGACGCAGGCGCCCACUGGACCAUGAAGGACGUAGUCGGCGAGUUUUUCACAGCGCGCCAGCCCACCGGCGAGCUCUCUUUGCUAAAUUUCGUGCCGGACACAUCGCCUAUGUUCACCCCCGCGGCCGAAGUCGCGAUGUGGGCAGAUGCGUGGGAUCCUACAUUUUAGAACUUGGACCCGCCUGUCCCGUCCGUGGCCCUCACCUCUCCUCCUCUCAGUCUCCUCUCCUCCUCUCAGUCUCCUCUCCUAUGCUCUCACUUCUCAAACGCCCUGCAUUCGCUUUCGCGCACCGCAAGCUGUACAUUUUUCCUCGGACUCUUCCUCGGAUUGGAUCGGAUAGGAUCGGAACCUGCAUUUGCUUCGCUCACCUGCAUUUAUGUUUAAUUUAGCAAUCGCGCCUGUACAUACAUAGAGUGGUUGGUAGGCUUUCACUCCCGUUCUCUACUCCUCCAGUAUACCCCCUAUACCCCUAUACCCUCAUAUACCCCACGGAGGAUCUCAAUUAGUUGUCUCUAUUAUCCCAUCUUUUCUUGCCUGUCUAUUCGGUAGAUUGUACAUAGUUGCAUCCGAGUCGCGC